AUGUUCAGGUUUCAGGGUCAGACUGGAUCCUGCAGUCCGAUCAGGGGGACCCGCAGAGACCCGGAGACCCGGACCAAACCGGAAGAGAGCCCGGAAAUGAAGCUGCAGAGAGCGGGUUAGUCAGCCAGAGUGUGUCUGAGACUGGAGGCUUCAGUUAACGUUAGAUCCUGAUGUUCUUAAAACCCCUAAAGUUUGAUGUGAGGGUGCAAUUCUUCUCCAAUUCUAAUGAAGGUUCUGUUUCUUCAACAAACAUGAAAUCAGAACAAAAGGAUCAGCUACAAUCCAAUCCAGGUUUAUUUAUAAAGCACAUUUAAAAACAACAAAACUGACCGAAGUGCUGAACAGUCAAAAUGAAAAACAUGAGAAAACAAUAAAGGGACAGAGAUGGUUCAGUAAAACAGGAUUAAAAGACCAAGUUCUUAGGAGUCACAGUUUUUCACAGUCGCUUUAGUGCAUUUCUCAAAUCAGAAUGAAAGUUCUCACAACUUUUAGUUCAACCUCCACAACAUUGAGUCAUUUGUACAUCAUCAUCGUAGCAGUUUCUCCUUCCUCUGAACCAAUUGCAAAUGCUCUUGGACAUGUAUCAGUUACUUACACACAAUUCUCUGCUGUUUUCUAACAUUAUCGUUUGCGUCUGUCAUGUCAGUCAAAAUAAAACAUACUUAUGAAUGCUGAAUAGUCAUUCCCUAUAAAACCAAUAGUCCUCAUUUCAAUGCUUGAGUCAUUACAUACAAAAUUGUUGAACUAGUUCUCAAAAUCUGUCAAGCUGAUUUCAUACAUUUCUUUAUCUUUUUUUUUUUUCCUGAAGAUGUCUCCUAAAUUGAACAGGUGCUCUCAGGUGAACCUCAGCUUUCACUCAUGAGGAGAUUUGUGAAGCAUUAGUUGUAGUCAAUGACAAGUCACUCAGAGCUGAAUCCCAUGAACCCUCACUUGGCAAGCAUAUAUAGACCAAGCAGGACAUAGUGUAUACCAUUUCUACAAUUCUGAGUUGAAAACGCUUUUCUGGUCCGAGUUUGAUCAGUCGGUCUUCCUGUCGGCGUGAAGAGCAGUAGCCUACAGUUGUAGAUAUCUACAAUAUAUAAUAUACUGUAGUAUAUAGCAUACUGUAGAUAUCUACAAUAUAUAAACAUAUGUAUUUUUUAUAACUUCAUAAAAAAAUAAAAAAAUCGGCCGAUUAAUUGGUACUCAGAUUUUUUCCCCCCUAAUAAUCAGUAUCGGCAUCGGCCCCAAAAAAAUCCAUGUCGGUCGGGCCCUAGUCAGCGUCGUGGAGGAGGGAUGAGAAUGCAGGGAGGAAGGGGAAGAGGAGGUGAAUUACAUAUAUCCCUGAUGAAAUUAGGGCUACACUUGUGGACCAUGUUGUCAAUCACGGCCUCAUUAUGGCUGAGGCUGGUCGAGGGGUGCAACUAAAUGUCAGGAGAACCACUGUGAAUGUCCAGGAAUAAUUUAUGUUCAGUUUACAGUGAUAUGUACGGUUUUAUUGUUUACUUGUACACAGUUCACAGUUCUUAUGUUUGUUCUAAAUAAGUGACUGUGAUUUUAUUUUAUUUUUGCACAAUGCUGUAGAAUUGCAAAGAGCAUAUGCAGUAAAUAUGUGAAACAUACAUGCGUCUUGUACUCAGUUACCUCACUAAAUACAGUAAUGUGUAACUUUACUGUAGUUUUCAAAUGGCUGUACAGGUAGUGUAUAGUGCUGUUUGAGCAUUUUCAGGUCAUGUCACCAAGAUCGGACUUUUUUGCAUUGGAAAACAUAGAGAGAGUAAAAUGUCAUAAUGAAAACAUGACAAAUCCAUUUGACUGUUGUGUUCAUAAACAAUGAUGUUGGGACUAAUUAUUUUGAUGACACAGACACUUUCAUUGAGAUGAAGACUUGCUUUUGAGGAAUCAACUAUUCAUUAACAAGUGACACAAUUGCAGGUUAUCCACUAGGUUUUGCAGUUUGUACUAAUUGUUCAGAGAAAUGCACCAACUGUUGUGCAAAUGUUAAUAGUUAUGUGAGAAAUGCACCAAAGCGACUGUGUCACCCCUGAACUUUAACCUUGACCUCGGGACAGUCAGAAAGUCAGAGGAUCUGAGAGUCCCAGAUGAAAUAUAGGGUUUUAAAAGGUCAGAGAUAUAAAAAGGAGCAAGCCUGUUUUUAUAGGAUCUAUAAGUUAAUAACACAAUUUUUAAAUCAAUCCUAAAACGCACAGGAAGCCAGUGAAGAGAGGCUAAAACAGGGGAAAUGUGGUCAUAUUUACGGAUAAAACACAAAGACAGAGAGGAGGAGAGUGAAAACCUGAAGACUGAGAGAAUAUCAGAACCAGCAGAGGAACAGCUAGGGUCCGAUCCAGCAGGAGGUCAGAUGAUCAGAGUCAGAGGAUGUUUUAGAUGAUCAAACCUUUAGAAAGAGAAACCUGCUGUGGACAAAAAUCAGCUGGGUAUGAAAAAGUCCUGAAGAACCCGGUAUCAGCACAUCAAACCCAGACUGGGCAUCGAUCAGAGAUCGACUUUCGUAUCAACAGAAAUAUCAGCAGCCAAACCCCGAAUCAGUUUUUCCUCUAAUCCAGUAAAAACCUACGACAGAGUAUGAGGGCCACGUUAAGAAAAGAAAAAAAUUAAGACUUCAUGAUUACUUACGAGAAUAAAGUUGUAAUAAAAUCAUUACUUAUGAGAACAAAGUCGUAAUAAAGUCAUUUCUUACGAUAAUAAAGUCUAACCUGUUGUUAGUUGUUUAAAUGAGCGCUGUGGAGCAUUUCAAUGAAUUGAACUUCAGUAGUAAGGUUUCACAAACAAGGAGAUACUAAAUCCUUUGGCUUUUCAGCAUCACAUUGUCAGAAGUGUCAGGACAUAUGUAAGAAAUUCAUCUUUCCCUCAGAAAGAACCAGGCAGAACUGUUGGGAAUCACUGUUUUUGAAGAGGGGGAAAUGUCUGUAAAUGUCUGUGCAGAGGUUAAAUCCCUCAAUGCAGCUGUUUAUAACAAUAUUUUCACAUGUCUUUUGUUUAUCGUAUGAAUCUAUACGCCAUAAGGUGUUGGUGCCUCUGCAGGUGGAGGUUACUGCCGGUGUUGUGCCGACAUCAGAGACAGACGCGGUGCUUGUUGGAGCUCGACUCCCUCUGAAUCACAAAUGUUAAUCAUCAGUUCAAUUAUUUCUUGAGAAACCACAAAAGCUCUCUGAAUGACCCACUGAUGAACCCACAGUUAACUCUGCAGUUGACCAGUUAAGACAUUUCCUCCUCCACAAAAGCAGCUUUAAGACUUCAUUUACCUUAGAAAUUUAUUCUCGUAGAUAAUGAUUUUAUUACGACUGUAUUCUCGUUAGUAAUGACUUUAAUCUCAAAGUCUUAAAUUUUUUUUUGGUCUUAAUGUGGCCCUAAUACUCCGUCGUAAAAACCUCCUCAAACCUGUGUUUCUUUUAGGAGUUCAGAUUCUCCUGUCUUCAGUUUUUUUCACAUUCUUCUGUCAAAACUUCUUUUUUUUACAUUUUCCUGAUUCGACCGUAAAACCGCAGACCAAAGACUCACUGUGGUCCGUAUUUAACUCCAGACUCCAAAGUCCUCUCUCGGGGGUCAAUAUCAUGAAACUGUCUAAAGGGAAACUCUCAGGUGGUUUUUCAGGGGACCUCAUAGAUUUAGGGUCUGAUCCACAGUAGAACCAGAACAGGCAGUUCUCCAGAGUUUGAGAGCUGGUUCUCUUCAUUUGGGUUGGAAAAGUUAGAAACUUUCCAUGGGAAUUAAUGGGAAUAAAUCUGAAAUGUACCAAAUUGCAGGUACAUGAUUCACAGAUGAUUUCUUGAACCCUGGAGGCCACACUUUGGAGCCCAAAGACAUUUGAGCCCACUGACUAUAGAAAGUCAAGGAAGUUUGGAUAAUAUUAUGGGGUAAAUACAUUUGACCUAUAAUAGUAUUAAAAUUUAACUUGUAAAAAUUAAAUAAAAAAAGGUGCUGAAUGUAAGCUAUUUUUCAUUAUAUUGACCAUUUAAGGGGCAAGCUUAUUAUGGUGGUGGUAGCUACCUCAAAUGUGAUGCUGUUUCUUCUGACUCCUGACAGACGGUUUCCUGUAACCAAACAAUAAUUUAUACAUCAAUUAUCAAAUAUUUUUAAGACCAUUCCAGUUGUUUAGCCGACUAUAUUUCUGUUCACGCCAUUGCAUUAGUGUUUUACAAGAUUUAUUGUUAUUUUAUUCUACAGAUAAAUGCCACGUUCACCAUCUGAUGUGUGGAAGCAUUUCACACAAGCUUACCUUUAAGGAAAAAUAUUUACAUUUAUGUUUGGAUAUGAGACAGUUUGUUUGAAUUAACAAAGAUUAAUUUACACUUAAUUCCCAUAAAUUCCCAUGAAAAGUUUCCAAUUCGAAAUAUUUCCAAAUUUCCCCAGUUUAAUUUCCCCUGGAGGGUUCCACCCCUUCACAACCCUAUAUGGCUCUCAGAAAACAGGUGUGUGUGUGUGUGUGUGUGUGUGUGUGUGGGGGGGGGUUCAUAUCAAACAAAAACCCUUCAUGGUGACCGACCAUCAUCAAGACUUAAGUAGGGAUCCUGACCUUCUGUCACCUCCACAUUUGGAUGUCUGAUCUUCUUUCAGGUCUGCUGAGGAGUUUUCUCUGAUCUGAUCCCAAAGAGAGGAGAAACUGUGUUGUUGUCGUUCCAGUUCAGAGAUGAUAAAGUCGCGAGUCUUCAUGUUUAUAUCAGGAUUCAGAACUGAGAACUGAGAGAGAGAGAGAAGACUUUGUUUUCUCAUUUCUUUUCUCAUUUCUUCUAGAAACUGUGUGAGUUUGUCAGUUUGUAGAAAUCUGAACUUAGAAUCAGAACAUGGACCGUCGGGUCUCUCCCAGGAUCAAACAAGUAGAGACAAAAAAUAAAAAAAAACUUUGUUUAUGUCGAUUUUAAAAAUUCUUUACCUGUCCGUCUGCUCAGACUUCAGCUGGUGGAAAACUACGAACCAUCAAAAGAGUCUGAAAAACUUUUAUAAAGAAACUAAAAAAAAUCAAACUUCAUCCUUAAACACACAUAAAGUCUGACAAUGCACACACACACACACACACACACACACCUCACAUCUUUUAGAGAAGAGAGAAAGGGAAUGAGAGAGAGUCAAAUGUUUCGGAUCAGAUUGUUUGAUUGACAGCGACUCUUAAAGUGAAAAAUACAAUUCACGGUUUGGUUUUUAAAAAACUAAAUAUGAACUUCAAUGUUUUCAUAAUUUAGAGUCGCCUUCAGACGUUCAGCAGCUGUCCGGGUUUAAAGAAGAACCUCCUGAGCAGCAGGAGUGGAGCUCCAGUCUGGACCAGCAGGACCCAGCAGAACCAGAAUCCCCCCACAUUAAAGAGGAAGAGAAGGAAGUGUGGAGCAGUCAGGAGGGAGAGCAGUUUCAAGGACUGGAGGAGACUGAUACCAGCAAGUUCUCCUUCACUCCUGUCUGUGUGAAGAGUGAAGAUGGUGAAGAGGAACUUCAGUCCUCACAGAUGAAACCAGGAGUUGAUGGAGAGGACUUUGGGGGACCAGAUCCAGAUCCAGAGAGUUCUUUACAAGCAGAGAUUGAGGUGGAGAUCGAGGACUCUUCUGGACCUGAGACUGAUGACAAUGAUGAUCGAUGUGAGGAGACCAACCUCUCUCUGCUGGGAUUAAACUCUCAGGAAAAGAGACUGGAGAUGAGUAAAAAAUCUCAGAGCUGUCUUCAGUGUAGAAAAAAUUUUAAAAGUUUUGGAAAUCUAGUCAGACACAUGAUCAUUCACACUGGGAACGGGGACAGAUUCGGUUCUGGAGGGAGCUCCGUCAGUCAGGAGCAGAGUCACAGUGAGGUGAAACCCUUCAGCUGCUCCCAGUGUGGAAAAAAAUUUACCCAAACAGGAACUCUGAAAAGACACAUGUUAGCUCAUGUUGGAGAGAGACCGUUCAGCUGCUCUGAGUGUGGGAAAAAAUUCACUCAGAAAGUUUGUCUUACCAAACACAUGUUAGUUCACACAGGAGAGAAACCCUUCAGCUGCUCUGUAUGCGGGAAAAGGUUUAUAGGAAAACAAAGUGUGAGCAGACACAUGUCAGUUCACACAGGAGAGAAACCAUUCAGCUGCUCUGAAUGUGGCAAAAGAUUUACCCAAAAAGGAACUCUGAAUCAACACAUGAGACGUCACGCAGGAGAAAAACCCUUCAGCUGCUCCAGCUGCGAGAAAAGCUUUUACGCCGAGAAAAAACUGAAUCAGCACAUGUUGGUUCACACGGGAGAGAAACCAUUCAGCUGCUCUGUGUGUGCUAAAAGUUUCCCCCUGAAAGGAUCUCUGAUUCGACAUAUGUCUGUUCACACAGGAGAGAAACCAUUUUGUUGCUCUGUGUGUGGGAAAAGAUACACCCAAAGAGGAACAUUAAACCAGCACAUGUCAGUUCACAGUGGAGAGAAACUCUUCAGCUGCUCUGCCUGUGGUACAAGAUUCACUCGGAAAGGAAGUUUGAUCCAACACAUGAGACUUCACACCGGUGAGAAACCGUUCAGCUGUCGCAUAUGUAACACACAGUUUAAUCGUCGAGGAAAUCUGACCAAACACAUCUCCACACAUAGUGGAGAAAAACCUUUUCACUGCUCUCAGUGUGACAGAAGCUUUACCCAUAAAGAAAGUCUUAGAAAACACAUGACAAUGCACACGGGAGAGAAACCAUUCAGCUGUACUGUGUGCGCGAAAAGAUUCACCCAGAAAGGACUCCUGAACAGACACAUGAGAGCUCACAGAGGAGAGAAACCGUGCUCUUGUUUAGUUUGUGGGAAAAGAUUUUCUGACAAGGGAAAUCUGAAGAAACACAUGCUAGUCCAUAGUGGAGAGAAACCAUUCAGCUGCUCUGUCUGUGGGAAAAAUUUCACCCAAAAUGCACAUUUGACGAAGCACAGGUUAGUUCACAGUGGAGAGAAACCGUUUAGGUGCUCCGAGUGUGGCAAAAGAUUUAACCAGAAGGUCAAUCUGAGCCGGCACAUGUCAGUUCACAGUGCAGAGAAAUCACCCAAAGCUCAGGAGCAGGAGGACCCUGUGUGA